AUGGAUGAAAAACAACGAACCAAAGUGUCAAAAGCUUGUGAUUAUUGCAAAAAGAGGAAAUUCAAAUGUAGUGGAGUAGCGCCUUGUGAUUUAUGUUUUAAGAAGAAUAUAACUUGUUCAUUUGAUAUAGUUGAUAAACGAACUAUACGACGAAAGAAUAAAAAAAGAACACCACCAACAACCACCACAACAAAUGUUAAAAAACGAAGUUUGCCCAAAGAAAUUCAGUAUAGAUUUGCAGAUAUUAAAACAUUAAAAGAUGAUAUCCCGCAAGAAUAUCAAACGAUAACUAGUUUCCCAUUAAAUGAAACACAUGAAGAACAACCAGAAUCUCUUUCAUCAAGUGAUAAACUACCACCAAGAAUGUUAUAUGAUUCAAAAGGUAAUUUAAGAUAUGUUGGAGAAUCAUCACCAUUAUCUUUUCUAUUUGACUGUAGAAAUAUUUUUCAUGAAUAUAUUGGAAUCAGUGAAUUUACAUCCCAAACAAGUACAACAUUAGAAACUAUCGAUGAACCAGAUGAAGAUCAUGAAGUUGUUCAAGUUGCAUUACCAUCAAGAAAUUUAUUAAGUCAAAUUCUACGACUUUUUUCAAUUAAUGUAAAUCAAGCAAUUUAUUUAUUUGAUAUGAAAGAAUUUAAAAAAACUAUAGUUGAUCCAAUCUAUACAAAUUAUUCAGAAUGUAAAACAAAACAAAUUGUAUUAAUUAACUUAGUUAUAUCCAUCGGUAUACUUUAUGCUGAAUCAAUAAAUGAUCCUAUGUUAAUUGAAUUACAACAAGGUAUGAACCAAAUACAUUCUCAUUCAUAUUUCGAAUAUGGAAUGUAUUUAACAAAGAAAAAUUUAACAAAAAGUAAAUUAUGGAUCACUGAAGCAUGUGCAUUAGCUUAUGUAUAUUAUCAAUUUAAACUGCAACGAAAUUCAGCAUGGUUAAUUUUAGGUUAUGCAAUUAGAAAUGCUGAAGCAAUCGGGAUACAUCGAAAAUUUUUAAAUGAUUCAUAUAAAGAUGUUGAAUAUGUUAAACAUAGAAGAAGAUUAUUUAGAAGUUUAUAUUUAAUGGAUCGUAUAUCGAGUAUUAUACUUGGUAGACCAUUGAUAAUUGAUGAAAAAAAUUGGGAUGAUUUUGAUUCAUCAGAUAUCUAUGAUAAAGAUGCUAAUGGGAAUAUUAUUUAUGAUCCAAAAUAUACUACAGUGAUUGAAUCAUGUAAAUUAUGUAGAAUUGGUAGUAAUAUAAUUAGAUCAUUUUAUUUAGAUGGGUCAAAUUCUGCAUUUAAAGCUGAACAGUUAGCUAUUGAAAUUAAAAUUUGGUCAUUAAACUUACCUAAAGAAAUUCAAAUUGAUAAGAUUGUGGAUAAUAGUAAAGAUAUAGUCAAAGGUGAAGAUUAUACAAAUAUUAAAGUUAGUCUCAUCAUGAUUCAUACCCUUCAUUUAUAUUUUACAAUUUUGUUAUUUAGACCAUUUUUCAUUCAUUUAGUUUUCAAAAAGCAGAUCAAUAUCAAAUCACCAACUUCAAAUUAUGAAGUUGCUAUAUUAAAUUUUUACAAGUCAAGUAUUAAAUCGUCAAUUUUGUUAAUACAAUUAUUAGAAUAUUAUUAUCAUACAUUUAUAAAAGAUCAACAUAAUAGAGUAGAAGGGUCUGGUUUUAUGUAUGCUUGUUUAUCUGCAACUUUAGUCAUUGGAUUACUGGUACUAUACAACGAGUCAAAUAAUUUUGAAUCUGAAUUCAAAACUAUUUCACAAAUGAAUUAUAUAAAUUCAGCUAAGAAUAUAUUUAAAAGACAUUCAAUUGAAAAUCCAAUGGCUGAAAAGUUUUUCAAAGUUGUUGAACAGAUGCAAUUUGCAUUAAUGAAUAAAUUUGAAUUAGAUGAAAACGGGAAUAAAUUAGAUAAUACACCAUCAAAUUCAAAUAUAAUUCAGCAUAAGUUUGUAAAUAGUUCAAGUAUUUUAAUUGAUGGGAAUUCAAUUGAAUUUAAUCAAGAAUAUGAUAGAUUUAUUGAAUCCUUGUCAAACUCAAGUGUCGGAAAUGAAUCCUUUAUGGGUACGUUUAAUGUAAACGAUAUACUAUAUAAUGUGAGAAAUAGGUAA